AUGAAUUGGUGUCGAUGAACAAAGAUAAUUAAUCCUGACUUAAAGAACACCCAGUUGACAUCCUCCUCUCAAUGUUUGUGUACCUCUGUGAAGGCUGUCUGCUUGAGAUACUUCCACAGCUGCUGGUCCACAGGUGGUUUGUGUUUCGUGGACUGGUGUUUGGGUGUGUUACAUGUUGUCUAGAGGCGGUGUGUGUUUCCUGGUAUUUGGGUGUGUUACAUGUUGUCUAGAGGCGGAGUGUGUUUCCUAGUAUUUCGGUGUGUUACAUGUUGUCUACAGGCGGAGUGUGUUUCCUCGUUUUUGGGUGUGUUUCAUGUUGUCUAGAGGCGGUGUGUGUUUCCUGGUGUUUGGGUGUGUUACAUGUUGUCUAGAGGCGGUGUGUGUUUCCUGGUGUUUUGGUGGCUGGCCCUCUGGACUCUGUUAAGCUGUUUUGGUUUUCAAGCAGAAAUGUAACUGCUGAUCCAGUGUUUUUUGUUAAGCUUGUUUGGCUGGCUGGGUGUGCAGAAAAACAUCCCGCACACACACAAACAAUUCGUAUUCACAAAGUGAAUAUGACUUGUUUGUGUGUGUGUGGAAUGUUUUUUUGUCUCUGUGUGUAAUUCUAAAUAAGGACACUGGUUGUGAUAGCAUUUACCCGUUGUGUGUAGUUCUUCUGGCGACUCUGGCUACUUGUCUGUAAUUUAUUUGUAAUUAUUGACAUUGUUUUGCUUAACAAUUAUUGUUGGCCUUGUUUGCUUGUUUUCCAGAUUAAUUAUGAAUUAUGUUAGUAAUAAGAGAAGUUGAGUAGUUUAUUGACAUACUAAAACCUUGACAUAAGUCCUUGAUUUAUGUGAAGAUGUUAUGUGAAGAUCUCCAUAUUCUCACUCACUCACUCAAACCUGUACAGUUCAUGCAGUGUCGAAAGGGGGCGGGGUCCGGACUGAGCCGUGAUCAGCCAUACUCAUCUUGCAGUACGCUUCCGUUGGGGUACUGAGACGUCUAAAAGGGUGCCAACAAGUUUGAGCUACACACGCCGUCCGUUGAUUGGUAGACAGAAUCAUCACUUCCGUGCGACAGGAGGAUAACGGCGAAAGCUCAGUUUAUUGAAGAAAAUGUUCCGCAAAUUUUGACGUCCUUCUUGGACGUGCUACAUUGUUGCUCUUUGUUGUGUGACAACAAGAAAAAGUGUGAGGUUAGUUACUGCAGGCUGGGAACGAUGUGUGUGGGUUUGCAAUGUUGACACUAGAGACUGGUAGAUCUCGGGAGGUUGGCUACUUGAAAAGUAGAUCUUGGGUCCAAAAAGGUUGGGCACCGCUGUAGAGGUUCAUAGAGGGUGUAGUAGUUUGGUGGUAGUUGUACUGUGUAGAGGUACAUAGAGGGUUGUAGUAGUAGUUUGAAUAAUGAAAGUAUCGGUAUUGGUAUCAAUAUCGGCGAUUCUGAUCUGGUAUUACUUGGUAUUGGAUCAAAUCGGCCACCGCUAAACAAAUCUACGAGUACAAACCAAACCUACGAGAUUAAAAUAUGUACCCAUUGUUGAAGGGAUGAGUAGGAUGGGAUGUAAGCUAGUACCUUCAUGAGUAUAAACCUUUUGAUGACAGAUAGAAAUGCCCUCCCACCGUGGUGUUGCACUCAAUGUGUUGGAGAAGCUGAAUCUCUCGGACAUCAACAUGAACGCAGAGCUGAACCAUUUUCUAGAUAGAUUAAAACUAAUACAGCGGUGGAGUGAGCCUCACUCAGUCUGUACAGACACGAGCUUGACUCCAUUGACUGACUAACUAGUAGAAGCAGCAUCAUUUCUAUUUAGCAAGGACUCUACCAAUCCACAUUAUCAGUGGUCUAUAACAGGGCUAGGGUUAAACUAUAUCACAGUCCGAACCAAGGGGAGUAUUCGCGCCCACCUCAAUAAGUGCGUAAAACAGUUCGUUUGCGCUCAAACUUGACUUUCGUAACAGUGUGACGCCAGUGGGUGCAGCUAACUUCUCGGGGGUGUGAAUUUGCCAACACAUGCGCAAAGCAUUCGACCAAUCGUAACAGAGUGGGCGUGCUGACCAAUCACAGCAGACUGCUACUCGGGAGGGGGGCUUAAAGCGACUUGAUACAAAACAGACCGUUUUGCAGAAAUGAAGCGUGUGAGUAUAAUAAGGGGUAUUUCUAAAAUACAGGAUCAGGCCAGUUAUCUGAAGGUCUCGUUGUGCCGCAGGAUCUCUCACGACCUGAACCUGCUCCCAGUGUCUCCAGCCACAUCUCCAGACACCAGGACCUUAAGAUCGCCUCCAAAUCUCCUUCAGCAUUAACCAAACAAGACAUCUCAUUUAAUUUGGUCAGACGGAAACUUUGGUCAAGGGUUACUGUUGAUUUUUUUAAUGUUCCUUUCUAAUUUGCUGCUCUACUGGUGAUAUUUGCUGAUAUUUCCAUCAUAUUGCCCACAGUGCCUGUCCCAAGUGGUUAUGUCAGAGUUCCUCUUUGGAGGUUAUAUCUCAAUGUCUACUGCAGUCAUGUGACCCCCAAUAAAGCAGAUCUAACACCAUUAUGUUUGCUCUGUAAUCGUAAUUAUUUUAUUUCCAAUGUAUUAAAAGUAGUUUGCUCUGUCAAAGAGAGCGAGGGUAGCUGCCGUUCACACCUUUCUUUUUAUAAAUGUUUGCAUCUGUAUGGUUCUAUGUUGGGCAGGUUAUGCUAUGCAUUCUACCUGGGGGAAGGACACCAUUGUACAUGUGGAACUCAAGUACAUACUGGACCUGGUCGAUCUAAGGCUGAUGAGGGGUGGAAUGGGGGACAAAUAUUUUGUGCUGCUAGUGAGCAGCAGUCGGCACCCAGACCAAUGGAUCGUUCCAGGGGGGGGCAUGGAGCCGGAGGAGGAGCCUGGCGGAGCCGCCGUCAGGGAGGUGUAUGAGGAGGCUGGGGUAAAGGGGAAGCUUGGAAGACUGCUGGGAGUUUUUGAGCACAACCAGGACCGGAAGCACAGGACCUUCGUCUAUGUUCUCACCGUAACGGAGACGCUGGACGACUGGGAGGACUCCGUCACCAUCGGAAGGAAGCGGAAGUGGUUCAAGAUCGAUGAUGCCCUCCAAGUGCUGCAGAAUCACAAACCUGUCCACGCAGAGUAUCUGAUCAGACUCACCACUGCGGCCUGUGGCGCCCCCUGCAGUCCGAGCUGUGCCGACAGAAAUGGCAAUAGCCCUGUAUCCGCCCUGACCCACAACAGCAGCCCGCACCACGGCCUCUCCACGCAUAUAAUCGAUAACACAGAAAGCCACCAAGCAGGACUUAACUGGACAUAGCCUAUGUAGGUCUUCAAAUGCAAAUAUUGUCUCUUGAAAAUAUUUAUUUACUAUUUUGACUUUGGUUCAGUUCAUCUAAAACCUUUCAAUGUUUAAUACAAACAUACAUACUAUCACCUUUAUUAGCUAUUACAACACAUUCUUCCUGGAAAAAUCAAGUGUGUAGAAGAAAAUGUGAAACUCGAUAUUGUUUUGUAAAGGUCCUAUGUUUGAAGUGUAAUGCAAUAUCAUACAAAGCAUUCAAAUUCCUAUGCAGUCGCUCUUCUGAUAACUCACUGCCAGGUAGUGGCUACAAAGGGAUGCAUUGAUACAAUCAGAAAGGGUCUAUAUGAAUGAAUUUAGCAAUGUAGUAAGUAAGUAAGCAAGUGAAAUAACACAGCUUUUUUAAGACAGUAAAGGUUUUAUAAGUUAAAGAUGUGUACACUAUAUGUGAACUUGCUGGAUUUUUCUUGGAAACAUAAAUCUAUUUGAGAUUUGUAGUUGAAAUGAUAUUAGGCUGAUCUCUAUGUCAGAGCUUUACCAUUUCAGUUUGAAUUUGAGUCGAUACUUUUCUAGUUCGAUAUGGAGCAGAACUAUGGGGAAGAAAAAUAGCUUCAGUUUUUUUAAUGACCUCAUUUUUGGUAAGAAAAUUAAUCGGGGAAAAAAGACCAAAGUUAUAACAGAAAUGUGCCUUUUGAUUACAAAGUGCAUUAUUAUGAAAAGCCAAGAAAUACCUAUUUAUAGGUUAAUUGUGGUUUAAAGUGCCUUUUACUCUGUAUUUAAAUGUGUUCUGAUCCAUCACAACGUUUUAUAUUGAGAAUAUAUUUAACCAUACAUUAACAUUUUUGAAAUAUGAACCAUGAAAUGGUGUAAGGCCUGAGUUUACACAUUCCAGAGGAGAACGUAAUAAAGGAUGGGAUGACGUCACCGGGUUGCAUUAUUGUAAUUUUGCUGGUUUUAUUAAGUAUGAUAUAAUAAUAAACACAUGUCAACAAA